UUAAGAAAACAUGUGAAAGACCAGAAAGUUGAAGCAAGAUCCAAACAGGAUGAACUAGAUGAGGUCAAAGAAACACAUAGUGAUCUAGAAGAGGAUUUGAAACUCUUAACCAGUCAGAAACAAGAGAUUUCAUUAGAAAUUACUGCCAUGCGAGACACAAUCAGAAAUCUUCAAGCCCAAUGUGAUGAAAACCUUAGAGAGAAGGAUCGUAGCGAAUUACAGUUAGAGGAUGUCAAGAGACAAAUUGCAGAUUUACAACAAAGAAAUCUAGAGGGCAGAGAGACAUUAUCUAGAGUUCGUGAGGGAGCUCUCAAUGAGGAAACACGAAUUACAGAGUUGCUUAGCUCGGCCAAUAGGGAUCUUUGCAGCAUUCAGUCCGAAACUGCUCUCCAUAAAGAUGAAUUGCAACGCACUAAUGCACAGCUUGAAAACACAAAGACUGAAUUAACUAGGCUUGAGAGAACUCAGGAGAAAUACAUUCAGCUAGAAUCCAGAGUCAAGGAUCUGGAACAAGAAAUAGUUGAGAGGACCACUGAAAAGAACCAGCUAUCCGAGGCCUUGAACAUGUCUUAUGUAGAG